UCUGCGAGAGAUACUCUUUUUGUCAGGACUGCCAGUUUCUUCUCUGUUCUAAUCAAUUUUUUCCUGUUUACUUCACGAUCAUCAAAAUCCAAACUGCUGAAUCCAAAAAAUGUGAAGCCGUGCUUCUGUGCCUUUCGACAGCUUGCGGCAGGUGGCUGGAGCGUGAUUCCCGGCUGUUGAUCAUUACCCAGACGUGGACCCAGGGAUCUAUAAUCAGUUGAGGGGACCUUGGAACGGUUAUUAGCUGUUCGGGGAGCUUCGUGCAUGGGGGAAGAUGGAGUCUGGAAAGGAACUCUCCGGUACGCUGGCGCUGGCGGUCUUCACAGCGGUGCUCGGAUCCCUGCAGUAUGGCUAUAGCCUCGGUGUCAUCAAUGCACCACAGAAGGUGAUAGAGAGACAUUACAGCCGUGCCCUGGGAGUCCUGCAGGAGAAUGUGAUCGGCGCCAGCAACGUGACCGAGGAGGUGCCCCACUCCAGCGUGGUGAUGUAUUGGUCCCUGUCCGUGGCCAUCUUCUCUGUCGGCGGCAUGCUCUCCUCCUUCCUCGUGGGCUUUGUGGGUGAUCUCCGAGGAAGGGUAAAGGGCAUGCUGGCUGUGAAUGUCCUGGCCAUUGGUGCAGGCCUUCUCAUGGGCCUAUCCAGCUUAGGAAAGCCGCACAUCAUGGUCAUCAGCGGUCGGGCCCUGAUGGGCUUCUACUGUGGCUUGUCCUCGGGUCUAGUGCCCAUGUACGUUGGGGAGAUUGCACCGGUGGCAUACCGUGGUGCCCUGGGCGCCCUGCACCAGCUGGCCAUCGUCACAGGGAUCCUGAUUAGUCAGAUCGUUGGCCUGGACUUCCUGCUGGGGAACGAUACCUGGUGGCCAGUGCUGCUGGGUCUUUCCGGCGCUCCUGCUGUGCUGCAAAGCCUGCUGCUGCCCCUGUGCCCAGAGAGCCCACGUUACCUCUACAUAAAACUGGGCAAGGAGGAGGAGGCGCGCAAAUGUCUGAAAAGGUUCCGUGGCGAGUGUGACCCCUCCAAGGAAAUGGCAGAGAUGAAGAAAGAGAAGGAGGAGGCGAUGAAGGAGGAAAAGGUGUCCAUCAUGACGCUGCUGGGCUCCUCCACCUACCGGCACCAGCUCUUUGUAGCCCUUAUGAUGCACCUGUCCCAGCAGUUCUCGGGGAUCAACGCUAUUUUUUAUUACUCAACCAGCAUCUUUUAUGAUGCUGGUGUCACUGAACCGGUCUACGCCACCAUUGGAGUGGGAGCAAUAAAUACCAUUUUCACUAUGGUGUCGGUGAUGCUGGUAGAUCGAGCUGGCCGACGCACUCUGACCUUGGUUGGACUGAGCGGCAUGUGUUGCUGCAUGGUGGCCAUGUCCAUCAGCCUCGUCUACUUGACUUCCUACGCCUGGAUGAGCUACGUGAGCGUGACAGCCAUCUUCCUGUUCGUGUCCUUCUUCGAGAUAGGGCCAGGCCCCAUCCCCUGGUUCAUUGUGGCUGAACUGUUCAGCCAAGGGCCCCGGCCUGCAGCCAUUGCGCUAGCCGGCUGCUGCAACUGGACCAGCAACUUCAUCAUUGGCAUGGGGUUUCCCUAUGUGCAGGCUGUGUGCCAAAGCUACGUCUUUAUCAUCUUCGCGGUGCUUCUCUUUGGAUUCGCGGUCUUUACAUACUGCCGGGUGCCAGAAACCAAGGGCAAGACAUUUGAGGAAAUUGCAGCAGAGUUCCAGCGCAGACGCCGCCCCGCGCAUCCCAUGGCUGCUGUCUCCACCGAACUUGAGCAACUCAGAUCUGCAUCGGAUGCCUGAGGGUUCUUAAGGAGAUCAAGAUUGCAUGGAUUCACCUGGUGCCACAGAAUUCCUUGGUUUGGUAUAUUUAUUGCAUCCCUGCCAAACUUUGUAAAAAAAUUUAUUUCGAUGUUCCUCAGGUGUUCUUCUUGUGCAGAUGCAGAUGAAACAGGGUUGUAAGAGCCAUUAAAGGUAAUCACAUGUAUCUAUACACUUUAGGUACUUCUUCAUGUUGAAUUAUGUUGUGUUGACUUCUUGGUGCCUUUAUUAGACAUUUUGAGCACCCCCAGCAAGGAGAUUUAUGCAACAAAUUAUAAAAUCGGUGAUGACAACAGCAAAGCAAGAUUUUGCAGAGAAGUGUCCUCAGAUUGUCGAUGUUUGUUUCUGCAGAGCAAACAACACACUUGGAUUUAGUUGAAAAUGAAAUGCAGUGAAACUGGAAUGUUUAUUAUUUAUAUAUUCUGUGUUCUAUAAUUUUAAAAAUACUGUAUGUAGCUAAGUGUUCUCUAUUGCUGAUGUCUAUUAACUUAUAUAACACUUUACAGGAGAUUAUUAUAUAAUUUAUGCA